GAAUAGAAUAUGUUUAUAGUUAAUAGUUAGACUUUACUUUAGACUGAUUAUACUAUUAUACUCCACUAGAAUCUAGAUCUAGGCUAUAUUACACAACUUUCAUCGAUGUUUGAGUUUGAUCCAGUUUAACUAUGAAUCUUGUAAUCUCAGGCUGAUAUUGCAUUCCCCUGCUUCUAUCAUCAUUAUCAUUAUGGAUUUGGCUGCUCAGAGACAAGAGGUGGGAAUAUGGCUUGAAGACCUGUUUGCAGAUGAGGUCAUUCCUGAGUUUGAGUUAAAUGUCAAGACCAUUCAACAGCUUCAUGACAUUUUGUUAUUCAAUAAAAAACAGGACAAAAUGACUCAGUUGGUGGUGGAUGAUCUUCAACAAAAGGCUGAUGAAUACAAUGCAGAAUCAGAGCGUUUAUGUAAAAUACUGUGUCGAUUAAAUCUUUCCCAAAACAAUUUGUCCCAGUCUGGUUUGAACAGUCUGAGAAGUUUAGCAAAACUGGGAACCUUACUUGAUAUCAAGGAUGCGUCUGAUACUUGCUAUUUCCUAGCUUUACAACAUCUUGAUAUGGAAUUGGAACAAGUUGGUCAGAAGAAACAGUCAGAAGCAGAUUUACUGCAGCAGGUCACAGCAAAGUCACAAGCAGCUCUACUUAAGUGUAGUGCCCUGAAAAAAACUUUGGAUGGUAUCAAACAAAAUGCAUCCCAGGAACAGCCGGUCAAUGAUAAAAGAAAAAAUGACACAGUUUUUCUUCACAGUAAAGCAAAAAACUAUGGAAAGGAUAUCACUAAAUUACAAACACAGUUAGCAAAAUCAAGGACAGACAAAUCCAUCUUUCAUGAGGCUUUAGUAAAAAAAUCUGAGUUCCUGAAGUCUUUACAAGACAAACUGGCACCUUUACGAGCAGAGCUGGAAUCAUAUUCCAGUUUACCACCUGAUCUGAGUGAAACAAAAAUUAAAGUAGAGCAACAAAGAAGAGAACUGGCAAAAUUAGAGAAGCAAGUUUCUGAGUGCAUUGACAUUUCAUUAUUGUAAGAAAAUUAACAAUUGCUGUCAUCAAACUAAUUCGCAAAAAAUUGGGCAUAUUGUGCAAAAUGUGGAUUGAUACACCAUUCAUCUUGAAUAAAAUGACUUUUGGAAAUCUUUGAUCUGUGUGAUCAUAGAGAACAUGUUUAUCUCUGGCAGUUGUGUUUUAUAAUAUUUAAACCGUAUGGUACUUUCAUAGCAAGUGCUGGUGUUUAGUUUAAGCAAAGUUUAUAUUUUUAAGCCAAUCGACUUUAUAUGUGAGUGCUUCUCAUCAAAAGAUAUGAAAUAUAAAUUAACAGUUGUUGUACAGAUAUUAUGACUUUAAAACUAAUAUGACUACUGUUGUUAAAAUUCUUCGAUGCCAUUUUAUAUGCAUGGUCACAUUUAUGUAAUAUUCCUGCUAUGAUUUGUAUUUGUACAUUUUUAAAAAUGGAACAAUAAAUAUUUUUUAAUC